AAACUCUAAAAAAAAAAAAAAAAAAAAAAAAAAAAAAAGAAUAAUAAUAAAAAUAAAUAAAUAAGUGCAUUAUACCUGACACCCACAUGAACACUUUACAGUUGGUUUUGGGACUGUAAGUCAUCAUCUUCAAAUGCUAUUGAAGUUAGAAACGUGUAUACCAAUGUCGUGUGUAACUUUAGAGACGGUCCCUUAAAAUUUGUGAAUCUCGAGCCUCCAACAUCAAUCCAACUUUUAAUUCAUUUUUCACAAUAAGUUUUUUUUUGUUGUUUUUUUUAAUGGUCGGGAGUGUACAUAAAGUGUUCGUUGUUUUCCUUUGCAGUUGUGUGAUGAACAUAAUGCAAUAAAAUCCGAAACUGUAAAUAAAGAGACUAGUAUCCCGUUUAAACACAGUGAAGUGUAUCAGCCACGUUUGUCCUCAGAACACCGCAUAAAACCUUUCCUUUCGGCUCGUUUUUGGACUGAUGUACCGUGUGAAAACGCAUACUAGCAGUUUGUACUGCACUGAGACACUAUAAAGUGGUUGUGAUAUUAGUAGUCAAUGUGGCUGGAGCUCGAAGGAGCGAGACUCCACGGAAGGGGGUGAUAGAGAGAUAGAGGGGGAGAUACGGGGAGGGCAAAAAGACUGGAAACAACUCAAACAUCUUGGUUUCUGCACAGCACAGAGGAUCAGACUCCGCUCAGAAAACUUUUUAACGUACCAACUUUCCUCUGGAAGACGACACACACACACAGAGAGAGAGAGAGAGAGAGAGAGCAUCUCUUUCCCAGUUGAAAACUUGCGCGAUGUGUGCGUGAUGGACUGCAGAAGUUUAAAGGCAUGAAGAUCGAGCUGAAGAAGCACAUUGUUCUCUGUGAAGCCCUGCGCGCUGAAGAUUUAAGGACAUGAGUGGAUUUUCAGUUCAGCUUACCAGCGAGAACCCGCGAUCUGCUUCUGGUCAUAGUUAAGUUAAAGCAAAGUUUGUCUGCGGAGAGAGAGACUCUCUAUUCCCAUCAUGGACUCUACAACCAGAACUGCCCCAGAGAAGAAGGAAUGCAAGGGUUCAGACCUGGAUGCUAGCAGCUUCUCUGACCUUCCCAAGAAGCCCUCACCCAGCACAAUGUCACGAGCUCCUCCUCUAUUCCCGACCUUCCAUACACCAAUCCCAAUCGACAUGCGCCAUCAUGAGGGUAGAUACCAUUAUGAGCCACACCCUCUUCAUGCCUUGCAUGGACAUGCUGGAUUAGCAGGAAGUCCAGUGAUCUCUGAUAUCUCUCUGAUCCGGUUGUCCCCUCAUGCUGCAGCCACUGGUGAGUCCCCAUUCAGCCCACCACAUCCCUACGUCAACCCUCACAUGGAGCAGUACCUACGCUCAGUUCACAACAGCCCCACGCUGUCCGUCAUCUCAGCGGCGCGAGGCCUCAGCCCGGCAGAUGUGACACAUGAGCAGUUGAAAGAACGAGGCCUUUUUGGCCUACCUCCUCCUCCUGGGACUAACCCAGCCGACUACUAUCAUCUAAUGGCUAAUCACCGCAGCCCCUAUGGAGAGCUGCUCAUGCAGACUGGGGCAGCUGCUGCUGCCGCCGCUGUGCAUUUACCAGACUACAUCAGCCCUGUGGACAUGUCUCGAUUUCCAAGCCCCAGACUGACACCCAGGCUGAGCCGAAAGCGAGCACUGUCCAUCUCGCCUAUGUCAGAUGCCAGCAUCGACCUGCAGACCAUGAUCCGCACCUCUCCUAACUCUCUGGUGGCCUACAUCAAUAACUCACGCUCCAGCUCCAAUGCCAGUAGCUCCUAUGGGCACCUCUCAGUCGGGGCGAUCAGUCCGUCGUUUACAUUCCCCCACCCCAUCACGCCUGUGGCAUACCAACAGUUUCUGUCCCAGCAUCGAGGGCUUAAUGCAUUUGGCCACACACCUCCCCUAAUACAGCCGUCUCCCUCCUUCAUCAACCGCCAGCAGUCCAUCGGAAGUACCACAGCCCACAGCACCAGCAGCAGCAACCCCAGCACAGAGGCCAACCAGAAUGCAGGAGGAGACUCAGCAGUCAGCAGUACAGUCAAUCCUAUGAUCACCAAGAGGUCAAAGGUGAAGACAGAAGUGGACAGGACAUGCCCUAUCUCCCCUUGCUCUCAGGAUCACGUGGAACUGAGAGAGGAGCUGGAUAAGGACGAGUGCAAGCAGGAGCCUGAGGCAGUGUAUGAGACCAAUUGCCACUGGGAGGGCUGCUCUAAAGAAUAUGACACACAGGAGCAGUUGGUGCACCACAUCAAUAAUGACCACAUCCAUGGGGAGAAGAAGGAGUUUGUGUGUCGUUGGGAGGAAUGUUCACGAGAGCAGAAGCCUUUUAAAGCCCAAUACAUGCUGGUAGUCCACAUGCGGCGGCACACGGGAGAGAAGCCUCACAAAUGCACAUUUGAAGGCUGCUCCAAAGCAUACUCUAGACUAGAGAACCUGAAAACCCAUCUGAGGUCACAUACUGGAGAGAAGCCGUAUGUAUGUGAACACGAAGGUUGCAACAAGGCCUUCUCUAAUGCUUCAGACCGAGCCAAGCACCAGAACCGCACACAUUCAAAUGAGAAACCAUAUAUUUGCAAGAUCCCAGGUUGCACGAAGCGUUACACAGACCCUAGCUCUCUGAGAAAACAUGUGAAGACAGUUCACGGUCCUGAAGCACAUGUCACAAAGAAGCAACGUGGUGAUGCUCCUACAAAACCACAACCACCUAAAGGGAGUGGGGAAAAUGAGGCCAACAGUAAGCAUGCUGGGAGAGGAUCGGAGGGGUCAACUGAAGCCAGCAGCACCAGCAAAGGUGUGGAGGACGGCCUACAAGUCAAGUCCAUUAAGACUGAGAACACAAUGAUGUAUCACUCCAGCCCUGGUGGUCAGUCAUCAUGUAGCAGUGAGCAGUCACCACUUGGUAGCACCACCAACAAUGACAGUGGAGUAGAAAUGGCCCUACACAGUGGAGGCAGUUUGGGGGACCUGUGUGCUCUGGAUGAUCCCCCUGUGGUAGACUCCACAGGUUCCCCAGGGACUUCAGCAGGAGUAGGCCUCCAGCUGCACAAAAAUAGGGGGGGUGUGCUACAUCUUGAUCAAAUAAAGAAGGAGAAACUAAAGACGAUGAGAGACUCCUGCUCCUGGACAAACUCAACUCCACAAGUCCGAAACAUCAAGCUGCCUCCAAUACCAGUUGUCGGUUCUCUGCUGGAAAGUUCAAGUACAGGCUCUCAAAGUGUUGGCAUGCCAGGGCAACGCUUCGGAGACUUCCCCUUGUGUGAAGUGACACUAUUGAAUCAGCUGAAGGAGCGUAGAGAUAGCACCACAAGCACUGUGAGCUCAGUCUACACACUCAGCCGCAGAUCCUCAGGCAUCUCACCCUGCUACUCCAGCCGGCGCUCCAGUGAAGCCUCACAGUUUGGGGGACGCAACAACAUCAGCUCAGCAGACUCUUACGAUCCUAUCUCUACUGACCUAUCACGCCGAUCUAGUGAAGCCAGUCACUGUGGUGGAGGUGCUUUGCCAAGCCUGCUCAGCCUCACCCCAGCCCAGCAUUAUCGCUUAAAAGCAAAAUAUGCAGCAGCCACUGGGGGUGCUCCACCUACACCCCUGCCCAAUAUGGAUCACAUGAGUCUUAGGACUAGGAUGGCCUUGUACAAUGACUCUCAGGAGAACUCGGCUCAUUUAUUCCAAGCCCGGACUAUAGCCACCUCAAGGCGCUGCAGUGAUAUGACUUAUGGAGUCCCUGGUAUGAUGCCUCAUGAAAUCCCAAGUAAUAUGCCAAGGAGAGCUAGUGACCCUGUUUGUCGGUCGACUAUAGAUCCUCUUUCCUUGCCUCGUGUUCAGCGCUACAACAGUAUGAGCAGCAUGAACCCUUCCCGGGUGCCUCUGGGUGAUCAUCGUGGUGUUAACUUGCAAAGCAACACCUUUUCUGACGGCAGCUUGCAUCGUCAUGCCUUCAACCAGAGGCCCCCUAGCAUCUCAGAGAACGUUGUCAUGGAAAAUAUGGCCAUGGAUGAAGCUGACCAAACAGAAGAGGACAUGGUGCUUCCAGAUGAUGUAGUGCAAUACCUCAGGUCCCAGCAUGCUGGCUCAACUCAGGAUACUGGUAUGGCCUACAACAGUGGUCAGCCACAAGUUUUCAAAAGCAACCUGACCUCCCAGCAACACCAGCAGUUCUAUGGACAACGACGCAUGGCCUUGGUUGAUGAAAACAUGAAUCACAUAGAGCAAAUAAUGCCCCCCUGCCAAAUCAGCCCAGGUUCCCAGCAGCCUUUCCCAGCCUCUGAUAGUGUGAAUAAGAGUCACAUGCCUGUACAAUGGAAUGAAGUUAGCUCAGGUACAGUGGACAACUCAGUAAGAUUUCCAAAGCAGCAGCUUCUCAGAGGCAACUUGGCACUGGUCCAGCAAAAGCAGAACACUGGCCCUUAUCAAAGCUUUGGGUCAAAUCAGCAGUCUGCACCAAUCAACCAAAAUUUGGCUGUUCCACAGCAGGGCUACUCGCAGAGGAACACUCAGAGGACAAAUCCCAUUCAGCACUAUAGACAAUCAUAUGUCAACCCCUGUCAGAACCUCAAUGAGCCAACAAAGGCAGACCCAGGUUAUAAACAGGAAAUCAACCAUAAUCUCUCAUCAGGAAAUACCUACCAAGGUCCAGUACGCAGUAGCAUGGCUCUGCAAAAUCAAGAAAUGCAGAAUUACAAAUCUGGCUACUCCCGCCUGGAAAACCAGCAGAAUUAUAUGCCGUUGCCCCAAACAGCUGUUCAAAAUGGAGGCAGAGUUUUUCAGCCUAGGCCCCCACCCGAACCAAAACCUUCAAACAGGCAUCCCACAGGUUCAGGUUUGCCCCAUCAAGCUGGUUAUUCUCUGUCCAGUACAAGCUCUGAUUUCAACACUUCUGAGGCCAGCCCAAAGAGACCUGCUGAAGCCACUCAUUUCUGCAGUGGAGCUAAUACUGUGUUCUAUUCAGGUGAGAUCAGAAUGUUAGACAGCAACAUAGACUAUAACUCCUCAAUGUCUCCUUCUGCCAGUCAAGCUGAUUAUACUACAAUGGCAAUGAUGGCAUCCCCUGGAAUCAACCAGGUUACCAGCACAGUGGACUCGACUCAAACUGCUGAAAAUACUCAAAUAGACUUUGAUACCAUGUUGGACGACGGAGAUCAUUCCAGCCUGAUGUCUGGCACGCUGAGCCCUGGACUCUUGCAGAGUCUUUCACAGAAUUCCUCACGACUCACUACUCCGCGUAACUCUGUCACACUGGCCUCAGUGCCAGCAGGUAUUAGCAAUAUGGCUAUUGGUGAUAUGAGCUCUAUGUUAACUGCCCUUGCAGAAGAAAGUAAAUUCCUAAACCUGAUGGCUUGAGUAUUAAUGCAUUGAACACUGAGAAAGAUAUUUAGCAGACUGUGUUUGGUGAUCUUUCUAUCUUUUGUAUACAUUGUAUGAAUGACACUAUAGAUAUAUGUGACACAACAGACACUUAUGUCCAAUGUGGAUCAAAAUAUGUACAUAUAUUUUUUAUGAGAUAAAAGCACUGAUGUAUUACAGUAAAAAAAAUUACAGAAGGUUAGGUCCGCAUUACCAAAUGCCUGCAUUAAAAUUGGAAUGGACUAGGAUAUGCAGUCAGACUCAAAGAACUGCAAAGAUCUCAAGAUGGCAUAUAUCCGAGUCAGAAAGCCAUAUGUUUCACUUAUCAUGAACCAUUUAAAAGCCGUCCAGGGUAAAGGUCACAUACCAGCUUUGGACAAAUCAAAAUUUCCCUUCUUCAGCAGUGCACUUAGUAGGGGUUCACUAAGUGCCUUCCCAAACAAAAUACACAUGCAAAAAGUCCUGUCCAAUUUAUGUAAUCUUGUACUUAGUUGCAAUGGUAGAUAUUUGUGUUCCAUUUCUUUUUUUAUUAUUUUGUUAAUAGUUACUGUAUGUUAUAUGCAUUAAAUUGUGUUAAUUACUCACUAGCAGCACAGAUAAUUUUUUUUCUUUGAAUGUCAAUAUUGGGCAGGGGUAUCCAAACUUUUCCUGUUGGGGCCACACUCUCUCCGUAAUAAUCUAAACAAAUAAAUAAUAGGUCUACUUGAUUAAUGCUGCCUUUAUUUUAUCCAAGUGACUAACUCAGUAGGUGCAUUUUAAACAUGUUCUGCUGAAUGCUGGAUAGUGUUGUGUAAAUAAAUAUUUUGCCAUUUUCACUCAGCAGUUAAUGGUUCUAACAGGAACAGUUAUGUUGGAUUGAUGAACUGCCGUCAAGUCAGGUGUAAGUCUUUGUAUGGAGAUUUGAACUACAUCACAAAGGUGACAGUUAUUUUGGAUGUUAAUCAACCCUUGUUUAGCCUCAUUAGAUAAAAUGAUUGCUCACAUAUAUAUUUGUGGAGACAGCUGAGCAGUGUCUGUGGCAUCAGUGCUCACAUCACAUAGUACUGAAUAAAAAUCAAAUGCACCUGCUUUGCCUGUUACUUGCUGCUUUAGGUUUGUUGACAAAUAUUCAAUUAGCCGGGCGACUGUUUCUUAGACAACAAAUUAUAAUUUCAACACGUUCUGUUACAAUGUCACCCUGUACAAAGCGUUUUCCGGUGGGCUAUAAGCCCUUGUAGCAAACACUUUUGUUGAGCUGCCAGAUCUUUCACCUCUGUUAUCGUUUAGCACUAGUACAUGAUUUGAAAGCGUGAAGUUAUCUUUUAAAAGUAUCUCAGUUUUGGUUUCAAAAUCUGAUUGGCUGAGCAGCAUUCGAAGCCUACACACGCACCUGUGACCACAUCACUAUAAUUAAAUUCUGUAUUAAUGUGGCAGGUUUUAGUAAAUAAAGCGAUACCACUUACCGCGGUGGAGUUGGUUUUAUACUGGACAUUCGUCGCACAGUCCAGAUUUCUCAAGAAAAAAACACACAAAAAAGGACAAAAUAUGUAUUUUCUUACUCUGGAGUGGACAGACAACCAAAUACAACUGAAUAUAUAUUUUUUAAUUGUUUCCUGUUAUAGCCAGCUGAAGCUAAUCUUUCAGAAAUGCAGGUCAUCAGCGCUUUAUAGUAAUAGAGUCAAUAAGGGGCGGUCUAAAAAGUUAAUUACAUGUGCAACUGUAUAAGAUUCUAUUAAGAUUAUAGUCAUCUACUUAUAUUUUAGCAUAUAUUUUAGAGUUGGGGUACUCGAUCCCGGACUCGAGUCCAAUUAUGAACGAACUUGGACUUUUUGUUUCGUCUCAGCCAGCUCAGUUACAUCCGGUGCCACGCCAGAGGCCGUUUACGCUACGUUUUUGGUGAUAACUGAGUGAAGAAGGCGCAGGAGAGUACGACAUAUCACACUCACUGUUUACAAGAGCCUCCCCAGAUUACCGUGAAUGAUGUUAAUCGCAUUGUGAGGCAGUCAGCAGUUACACCCAAUAGUAAGAAGGAAAAGGGCUUCAAAUUAGCCUAUAUAUUUCGAGGUACAUUGACAACUGUGAGGGUAAGUA